AUGAUGAGCGGCCUAGCGUCGUCGCAAUCAUGCUAUACUGCCAUGGGAAAAAGACUUCCACCAGUGUAUCAGUGGCUUUUCCCCUUCAAGCUGCAGUCAGAAGGAGUCCUCCCGCCAAAGGCAAGACUUUCUCUCGAGAGUCAGAGCUUCGAGACGACUUUCGCAGAUGCGUAUGAGCAAGAUUUUGAGUACUCUCCCGACCUGUUAGAGGCCACCCUAAUAAGCAGAGAUUGCCGGGAAAACGUUGCUCAACAAGAAGAUCUCAGUAACCAACUCGAAAAAGGAGACCCUGGCAUAACAAGUGAAACUCCUCAAUAUAGUCGUUUCGGUAGUCCAAAGCAAGCUAUCGACAUUGAGACUGUAACGCUUAACAAAAGCGGGCAUUGUGCGUUGUUUGCAUUCGAAUCGAAAUCGGAGCUACUACUAAUACACUCAAGCUAG